AUGACGGCAGCCGUUUGUACCAAUCGAGGCGACUCAUGCCGACAAGGCGGUCUUGCUAAUGAUGGUGACGUGGAUAAUGACGGCCGGCGAAGCAUGAACCAACAGAGUGCGGACCUUCGAAACUGGCAUAAAUGGGCGGAUCACCUGUCGAAGUACCAUAAAUUGGCUGCGCCCAAAUACUGCUUUUGCCAGGGACUAGCGUCUACAAUUAUGGUCGAGGCCGGUAUUUUGGUUAAGCCACAGAGAGCCUAG